AUGGGGCAGGGACCUAGCCCUCGAGGUCAAGAGCCUCAUAUGGCCAAUGGCCCUUCUCCGCCUGGUGCUUCCAGGCUUCCUCGAGCAUCUGUUGGCCCCGUAGGUCAGCCACCCUCGGGCCCUCCUCCACAGCAGCAGGCGCCUCCUCCACGAACCAAUGGUGCAGCACCAAUUGGUCAAGGCCCAAGAGCGCGUACACCAACCAGAGAUGCAUCACGCGGAUAUGGUGGGCAGUCCUUUGACCAGAAUGAGGCCAUGGUCGUAGGAGCUCCAGCUCCGCGCCAAGAUCCCAAUGCUCGUGCCAUGAGUCCUGUCGUGAACGGCCGACGUACGCCCCAACAAGGUCCAAGGCUUCAAAGUCCACCUGGAGACGACAUAGACCAACAGAAGUACGAUCUUCAAGGAAGAUCGAGGUCAAGACAGGGGACGCAAGGCUCGGCGCCAGAAGAUUUAGUCCAGCAUCAGCAGCGUUCAUUUUCCAAUCCAACAGGUGUCUCGAAUGAUAUCAGCUCCCAACGAAGUGAACCGACGGCUCCUCUACAUCAUUUUCAGCAGCUGCAGAGUCAACAUCAAGGUUUGCAAACCCAACACGAGGGCUUGCAAAACCAGCAUGAAGGGCUACAGAAUCAGCAUGAAGGGCUACAGAAUCAGCAUGAAGGGCUACAAAACCAGCACGAUGGGCUGCGAAAUGAACACGAAGGCCUGCAGAAAGAGCAUCAAGGCCUUCGAGGCGAAUAUAAUGGUCUCGAAAAUCAGCAGCAGAAGCUCCAUCAAGAACUCGAAGCUGCUAAGAGCCGCAAUGCUUGGUACGCUUCUGAGAUGGCGCUGGCCCGGAAAGCGGGCUAUCAGCCUCAUUCGUCUCAAAGCCCAACUCUGGACGAGAAAGCUGCGCAAUCAUUCGGUGAUGAUGACAAACCAUUGAUAGAGGCACUGGUUGUAAUGCGCGCCCAGCUUGCCGAAGUGCAACAGACCGUCGUGGAGCGAGAGAACAUUGCGGCUCAACAGGUGGCUGAGAUCGAGACACAGCGAGACAACGCUAUCAGAGAGGCUGUCUAUGCCAAAACUAAAUUGGCUGCACACGGCGGUAGCCACGCGGGAACUCCUCAAUCAGAGACAAGAGACCUUGGUGACGAAGAACGUUCACACGACAUUGCCCGAAAGUUGGCAAUUGCCCUAGCGACGCAGGAAGAGCUUCGUGCUAAGAUUGCUGCUAUUACUAAUGAUGCUCAUAACGAAAGACGUGCUAGGGAGUUGGCGGAGAGUACCUCCGAAGCUGCCCAAAAACGGGCCGCUGAAUUCGAAGGCUCACGAAACCCCGGUGAACUCGAGACGCUACGUAACGAACUUCAUCAUACAGGCAAGACCGCUAGAGAAGAGGCUGCCGCAAAGGCUGAAGCGCACUCGCAGCUUCAGAUUUUGAGGGUGGAUAAAGAGAACUUAUCAAGACAACUCGAUGACGCGCUUGAAAACACUAACCAGCAUAGCAUUUCGCUUGCCUCAUUGCGAGAAGCUGUGACUUCCUCAUCCGACAAAGCCUCCCUUUUGGAAAGGAAACUUGACGAAGAAAGACAACAACGUGAGCUUGUGGAUAGGAAGUUGAUGCAGCUCCGCGGAGAGCAUGAGGAGAGGACGGCAGAACUCGAUGAGACUACACGGAAAUUACGUGAUGCGGACGAAAUGGUGAACACGCAUGCAGCUGAAGCGAGGACGCACAGGCAGGCUGUUCUGGCAGGCCUUGAUAAGCUUCAUGCUCGUGGAACAAACAGGGAUAUCAACCCCACUGAGGAUGAACGAGUUCCACUUUUGAAGGAACAAGUGGAGAGCGCUCAUGCUCUGGUCCGAAAACACCAAGGAGAUGCGGACAAUGCUGCGGACAAGCUUCGGAAGGCCGAGGAGCGCAUUGCUGGCUUAGAGGCAUUCCAGGAGCAAUCCAGCCGAGAAAGCUUGGUGGUCCGCAAGCAAUUGCAAGAAGCGGUCAAGGAUACGCAAGCGCUGCAAGCGAAGCAUAGCACUGUCUCCCAGCAGCUUGAGUCUCACCAACGCGAUGCAAGCGCCCUCAAUGUCAAGCACAAUGCACUGAAAGAGCUCCUGGACGAGCGAGGCCUAGCCGAAAUGAACAGGUCGCGUAACCUUGACAGCCCAGGAUCACGCUUCGAUGCGCCUGACAAUAGCCGGCUUAAGGAACUUGAGCAGCAGCUCGAAGCUAGCAGUCGAUCUCAGGAAGAAACAAAGCAAGCCCAAGCUGAAAGCGAGAGGAUGUAUAGUGAAAAACUUGAGCUUCUCGAAAGUGACUAUCAAUCAGCAGUGCAUUAUGUCAAGGGCACCGAAAAGAUGCUGAAACGCAUGAAGGAUGAGCUUACAAAGUACAAGAAGCAAAAUGAACACCUACAGGUUGACUUGGACACAGCUCAACGCUCAAAAUCUUCACUGGGUUCCGAAGAGUUGCUACGCCGCGAGCUGGAUGACAUGCAUCACACAGUCGGUCAGCUUGAAGAUCAAUUAGGUCAAGUGCAGAGAGAUCUCGAUACGACCAUACAAGAACGCGAUGUUCACCGUGAUACUGUAGAGCAGACACAACAGCAACUGAGCCAAGCUCGACAAGCACGGCAUGACCUUGAACAGCUCCGGUCACAGAACGACGCGCUCGAGAAGCGUGCAUUGGACGCGGAGCAAAAGGUCUCGCUUCUCCUUGAUCAGGUCGGCAACACCGUUGGCAAUUAUCGCCGACAGUCACAGAACAUGCACGGGGAUCGUGCCAACGGUCACUCCCGGAAUAUCAGCGCGAUCAGUAACGCAUCGUCUGCCAACCCUGCACCCCUCAAUUACGGGGGAAACCACGGUCACGGCCACGGCCAUUCUCACACCAAAAGCACAGAAAUUGAGCCCGCCUUCCCCGCUGUGCCAGAAUCGAAUGAUGAGAAUAAUCGGAAUUCUGUCGCGCUGGACUCCCUGGCUUCAGAGCUUGAGACUCUUCGGUCACAAUGGGCUGACACUCACCGAACGUACCGAUUGUCCAACCAAUUUGACUCAGCUCCCACCUCUGCAACUGGCCCAGGCAACAUGAGUGACUCUCUUGCUAGUUGGAGAAAGCGACUAGAUGCUGAAGAGGCAGCUAAAGGCGGCAGCAAGCACGCAAACGAAGAAGGUAGUGAACGGGGUACUGAAAAAGAUCGAGACAGCGGAGUCAUUCGCCCGAGUGAAAAGAUGCCUGGCGGUCUAGGAGGGCUGAGCGAUACCAGUGAAGAGAGUGAGGACGAGAGGAGACCGCAGAGGAGUUAUGUGAUAUGA